UUUGGUAUUUGAUUUGUGAGAUUAAAAUAGAAGGGAGAAGAAGUCAAGUACUCCACGUGUCAAAGUGGGUCUGAAUCUAAGUUUAAGCAGGACAUAGAAGAGAGAAUUAUUCACUUCCACUAAUGGUGAAUGGUAACUGUAACUCAAAUCAAAGGGAUCACAUUUCAGGAAUUCUGUACUCUCUCUCUUCCCUUAUGCAACUAGAAUGGAAAGCUUUCAUGGGGUUUUUGACAUUUUGUGAAAUGUGGUUGAAAUUUGGUGGGAGGGUCCACAUGAAAAAGUACAAAGAGUUAGAAACAAAGAAAGAAAAUUCAACAUAACAACACUCAUCACUACUAUUAGGGAGUACAACCUUCAAACUUUGGUUUGAUUCCCUCUAUCUUUUUUUUGUUGGCUUUUAAGGAAGGUGGAAAAUUUCAUAUUCACUACUUCCCUUUUAUAACUCAACUUUUAUAUAUAAAGUCUCCAUUGAUUUUUGCAAUUGAUCUUAUUCAAUUUCUCACCUUUUUUCCCUUUUGGACGUGGAUCCAAGUCCUUUCCUCUAUUCACUCACUACUUUUCUUUCUUCAUCUCUUUUCAAUUCUUAAUCUAAGUUUCUUUUCUGGGCAUGGCGGAAAGAUUCUUUCUUUGGGGUUUAAUUAUGGUUUGGUGAUUAUGCAUUCAUGGAAUUUAGAGAUUUUAUCUGAUCUGGGGAUACAUCAGAUUCUUCUGCAGAUUUAUUAUUAAUCUAUUAUUGUAGGAACAAGUUUGGAUUAUGGGUUGGCUGAACAAAAUUCUUAAAGGUUCGAGUCACAAAACCUCACGUGGGCACUAUCAUGGAACCUAUGAAGAGAACCAUAAUUCAGGGGAUGAGUUGUCAGAUUUUGACAAAGAGGAAAUUGCACUUGCACUUACUCUAUCCCUUUCGGAACAAGAUUAUAAAGGGAAAAAAGUAGCUGAACCUGAAUCCGAAUCCGAGUCUGAAUCAGAACUCGAGGAGGUUGAAUGUAUUGCUACAAUGCAGUCAGAUGAAGAUGAAGUUGAAGAACCAGUUCAGGUUAUACUUCAAUCAGAUGAAGAUGAAGAUGAAGAACCGGCUAAAGUUGAGGAAGACGAAGAACUGCUUUCAAGUGUUCAAUUAGAGGAAGAUGAACAGCUUGCCAGGGCUAUUCAAGAAAGCCUGAGCAUGGAGUCUCCUCCCCAUCAUGACAACGGCAGCUUAUUUCUGCCUCAUCCUUUCUUGUUUUCAUCUGGCUACAGGAUUUGUGCUGGCUGCAAUGCUGCGAUCGGUAAUGGAAGGUAUUUGAGUUGUAUGAAUGGCGUUUGGCAUCCAGAAUGCUUUCGCUGCCACGCUUGUAAUCAGGCCAUUACUGAUCAUGAGUAUUCUAUGUCUAACAACCAUCCUUAUCACAAAUCAUGUUACAAGGAGAGGCAUCAUCCAAGAUGUGAUGUUUGCAAUAGCUUUAUACCAACCAACUCAGCAGGUUUGAUUGAGUACAGGGCACAUCCAUUCUGGCGCCAAAAGUACUGUCCUGCCCAUGAGCGCGAUGGAACUCCUCGGUGUUGUAGCUGUGAAAGAAUGGAGCCAAGGGACACAAAAUAUUUGUUACUUGAUGAUGGUCGUAAGCUGUGUCUAGAGUGUCUAGACUCUGCGAUUAUGGACACUCAUGAAUGCCAACCGCUUUAUCUCGAGAUACAAGAUUUCUAUGAAGGUUUGAAUAUGAAAGUGGAGCAGCAAAUUCCAAUGCUCUUGGUGGAGAGGCAAGCUCUAAAUGAGGCCAUGGAGGGAGAAAAGAAUGGUCAUCAUCAUUUGCCAGAGACAAGAGGACUUUGCUUAUCAGAAGAACAGACUGUUACAACAAUAUUGAAGAGGCCUAAGAUUGGUGCGGGGUACCGGAUCAUAGACAUGAUAACCGAGCCUUUUAAGCUAGUUCGUCGAUGUGAAGUGACAGCAAUUCUUGUCUUGUAUGGCCUCCCUAGGUUGUUGACAGGGUCAAUUUUAGCUCAUGAGAUGAUGCAUGCUUGGCUCAGACUUAAAGGUUAUCCUAAUUUAAGUCCAGAAGUUGAAGAAGGUAUUUGCCAAGUCUUGGGACACAUGUGGUUGGAUUCAGAGAUGUAUUCGGGGUUGGGGAACGAUGUUGUUAUUGACGCCUCUUCAUCAUCGUCGUCAUCUUCAACUCCUCCUGGAUCUAGUUCAUCCAAGAAGGGGAAGAGAUCAGAUUUUGAGAAGAAAUUUGGUGAAUUUUUCAAACACCAAAUCGAGUCGGAUUCAUCAACAGCAUACGGCGAAGGAUUUAGGAAAGGUAACGAAGCAGUGCUCAAGUAUGGCCUAAGGAGUACACUUGACCAUAUCAAGAUGACAGGAAGCUUUCCAAUUUGACUUGCACAGAAAUAUAUCUAAAUCUAUAUAUGUAUAAUCAAUUAUUUGUCAACUAAGUUGAAAUAGUACUUUGGCCUUUAUGAUAUUUUAGUGAAUAGGAUUAGAAAAGUCUAAAUCCCAUUAAAGCUUAUACCUCAUAAGAUAGAAUAAACGACUCAAAAAAUGGUCGAUUCCAUAUAUGAAGGAAACCCUUUGUAAUGUCUUCAGAUCAGAACUGUUUGCAGUUGCAGUACCACAUAGUAUUUAUUACACUCACAUAAUACUUUUGAGAUGUUUAAAAGAAAUUGUACACAAUAUGAAUAUGGAAUGAGAAAUGGCUUGUUUUAUAAA